AUGGACGGCAACGUGGAAGAGGUCCUUGACCAACAGCCACACCCGGAAUCCCAUGGCGACAAAGACUCCAAUAUUACUAGAGAGGGUAUUCCAAAUGAUGAAGCUCUCUCUCCUAAUGCUUCAGACGAAACCGAUGACAUAGACAACACAGCAAGCGUAUCAGACAACGAACUUCCAUGUGCGACACCUGUGACUACAUCAUCAGAAGACGCAGAUGAAAGAAAGACCGACCUAGAAUCUAUUGCUUGCCCUGAACAGGAUGACCAAGAAGUAGCUGAUAUCUCUCCGGUAGCGGAUGAUAAACCUUCUUCACAAGCACCAGCCGCAGAGAGCGCUCACAGUGACGAAACAAGUCAGGAUCCCAAUCAGACACCUGUUACUAAAGCCGAAUCAGAGUCAACAACUCCUACAACCGUUGAUAAAGAUGAAGCCAAAGACGUCAAAUCAACAGAGAGCAAAUCACAAGAUGCCAUUGACGGAGAAGAUGAAGACCAGACCAAGCCCAGCAAUAACGAAGAUGAGACCAAACCUAGCAACGAUGGAGAUGAGACCAAGCCGAGCAACGAUGAAGAUGAGACUAAGCCCGUCAAUGAGGAGGCCGACAAUUUCCCACCCCUUGAAGAAGAAGAUCAAAACGAGUCUCAAAAGGAGAACAAAGAUGAAGACCAAUCUGAUUCUAGUCCUAAAACCGAACAAGAGGUUGAUCCGGCCACCAUAUCCUUGCCCGAAUCGCCGUAUUUCAACCCCUUUGAUAAUAAUGUACCUUCGCGUCGUGGAUCCAUUGACAACAUUCCUCCUCUAGAUGAUGCUCCAGCAGAUGACGAGCCUCCUGUGGAGUCAUUUGCAAAGAGGGACUGGUUGCGUCAGAAAGAGAAGCUGGGCGAGAAGAACGAAGCACUCGAUAAGGUGAUGGAAAUGGUGGGACUUGAGUCAUCUAAGAUAUCUUUCUUAGAGGUCAAAGCCAUGAUCGAUGCGUCGCGCAGUCGACAGGGGAAGUUGAGACGACAAGAUCUUAACCUCGUUCUGGUGGGAAACCCAGGAACCGGAAAGCGAACAUUGGCGAAGCUUUAUUACGAAUUUCUUCGUGAUUGCCAUGUCUGGGGCCGAAAUUCGACCUCUCACGUUUUUGUAGAAAAAUCAGGUCAUACGCUCUGCCAGAGACAACACAUGAGGGAACUCAAAGAUGCUAUCUCAAAAGGAGUACUCUAUAUCAGCGAUGUAGAGUAUGCAGACAGCGACUGUCGCGCAUUCCUAAUGGAGAUUCUGAAGGACAUCUCUGAAAAGGUUGUCGUUGUCCUUUCCGGUUCUUUCAACCGCAUCCCAGAAGUUCUAGGGAGUUCUCCAGCGGCUAGAUGGCUGUUCCCACGCCAACUACACUUUGAAGACUACAGUGAUGAUGAGCUUCGAAGAAUAUUUGUUCAAAUGGUCGGACAAAACUCGUUCAAGAUAGAGCAAGGACCACUGGGGCCAUUUCCGCGCAUACUGGCUCAACGUGUCGGUCGUAGCCGCGAUGAACAUGGAUUCGGAAACGUACACGAGCUUCGUCUGGCAUAUGGAAAGAUACUGGAGCGACACUCGACCCGCAUUCGACAGAGGGUGUCGGAAAUCGAGGACUCGUGGACUGAGACGUUGCCGGAUGAACACUUGUUAACGGGACAAGACAUCAUCGGGCCUGAGCCAGAGGACGUCCGAACAAAGAGCAAGGCAUGGAAAGAACUUCAGAAGAUGGCCGGGCUAGAAGAAAUCAAGUCAGCCGUCAAUCAGCUCCUCACCCGGUCAAAGGUCAACUAUCAAAGGGAGAUUAACGGCAUGAAGCUGCUCAAGACGUCUCUUAACCGGAUUUUCAUUGGACCUCCUGGUACAGGAAAGACCACCGUGGCCAAGCUCUAUGGCCAAAUUCUGGCUGACAUUGGUUUGGUCUCCAGCCGAAAAGUCAUCUACAAGACCCCAGGCGACUUCAUCGGCCAGUAUAUUGGCGAAUCGGAAACUAAGACCAGCGCAAUUCUUGAUGCGACCAAAGGCAAGAUCUUGAUCAUAGACGAUGCGCACAUGUUUUACCAUGGUAGUGAACUUGGAUCCAACGAAACAGACGAGUUUCGACUGGGUUGCAUUGACAUCCUCGUCUCCAAGAUCCACAACAAGCCUGGUGAAGACCGUUGUGUGAUCCUCGUCGGAUACCCAGACAGGAUGGAAGAGAUGCUCCAAAAGUGUAACCCAGGUUUACGACGGCGAUUCCCACUCGAAGAAGCCUUUCGAUUCCAUGACUAUGAUGACAACCGGCUCCAAGAGAUUCUCGACAUCAAGAUGGAGGAAGACGGAAUUAGAGCCUCGCCAGAAGCAAUGAAGGUCGCAGCAGAAUUACUGUGUCGGGCAAGAGAUAGGCCAAACUUUGGCAACGGCGGUGAUGUCGUCAACUUUUUGAACCAGGCCAAAGUCAGGCACAGGGAGAGGAUGUCGAAGAUCACGGAUGUCGAUGCAAUGGAUAUUGUGCUUGAGCCCGAAGACUUUGAUCCUGAAUACAACAGAGGCGCUACCGCUGCUGAUAGAUGCCGAGCGCUCUUCAAUGGACUUAUUGGAUUUGAAGACACUAUCCAGCGAUUCCAGACUUACCAGCGUAUAGCUGAGAAUCUGAGACGCAACGAUAAGGAUCCUCGGGGCAUCAUCCCGUUCACAUACAUCUUCAAGGGCCCCCCGGGCACCGGAAAAACGCACACUGCUCGUAUCAUCGGCCAAAUCUUUUAUGAUAUGGGAUUCCUCUCUACUAAUGAGGUGAUUGAGUGCUCUGCGACACAUCUCAUUGGAAAGUAUGUCGGCCAUACCGGGCCCAAGGUGGUUGAGCUGUUUGAGCGGUCGUUGGGAAAAGUCUUGUUCAUCGACGAGGCAUACCGCCUAGGAUUUGGCGGCGAGGGUAAUUUUACGAAUGAAGCAGUUGGAGAAAUUGUCGAUUGCAUGACCAAGCCGCGCUAUUACCGAAAAAUGGUUAUUGUCAUGGCCGGGUAUACUCACGAUAUGGACCGUCUCAUGAAAGUUAAUGCCGGACUCCGGGGACGGUUUGCCACGGAGAUUAUGUUCACUCCCAUGGGCUCCGAGUCUGCUUUGAAGCAUCUGUGCAAUUUGAUAGCCAAGCAGGAUAUCCAGCUUUUGGAAGCCGAGGAUGGCUCGAAUGUCCAAGAAACUGGAAUCAUGAUGAGCCUGUUUGAGAUGCUGGCAAAGACAAAAGGUUGGUCAAACGGACGAGAUAUGCAGACACUUGCCGGUGUAGUGACGGAGUACGUGUAUGGAAAUAUAGAUGGUUUUGAUCAGUGGCAAGGCAGAGGGUUAUGCAUCACAAGGAAGGAUUUGAUCAGAUUGAUGAGGGAUAUGCUUCAGCAACGAAUGAAAGGGGGGAUGAACGAAGUAGUAUUAAAAGAAGUAGACUAA